AUGAAAAACCUAUUUCCUGAUGACUACUAUAACGGAAGUAGGAUUAUUCUAACCACAAGCCUACAAGAUGUGGCUGCAUAUGCUGAUCCUUCUAAUUCCUUUCAUAUGAUGCGUCCCUUGAGUCAAGAAGCUAGUUGGGAAUUGCUUCAAAAAAGGUUGUUUGGUUAUUAUGGAUGGUGCAAAUUGGAAAGUGUUGGAAGAGAAAUUGCAGCACAAUGUAGAGGAUUGCCUUUUUACAUUGUAGUAGUGGCAGGACUUCUAUCCAAGAUUGACCAAACUGUUGAUGCUUGGAGGCAAAUAGCGGAGGAGAAUGAUGGGCAGCUUGAAAACAUAAUUUCCUUGAAUUACAUCCACUUGCCUCGUCAUCUAAAGUCGUGUUUCUUAUAUAUGGGAGGUUUCCCAGAAGAUCACCAGAUCCGUGUCUCAGAACUUAUCAAGCUUUGGGCAGCUGAAGGCUUUUUACAUCCAAACGGAUCUAAAAGCCUAGAAGAUGAGGCGGAAGAUUGUUUGGAGGAUCUAGUUGAUAGAGAUCUCAAGGACUCUAUGCAUAGCUCAUGCACACAUUCUAUUAUAUGCAUCCCGCAGAAGGGGUAUAGGCCUAAAGGUUCUUUAUUGAAUUUUAGUUUGCUUAAGGUUCUUCAUGUUCUACGUAGAAAUGAUUACUGGGAAUGGGAGCCGAGUCAAGUGUUUGAUCUGAUUCAUCUAACUUACCUUGCUGCCAACAUUCCCUCUAGUAUAGUUCCUCCAACCAUAUCAAAGCUUCAUAAUCUUCAGACUUUGAUUAUUUAUAGAUCUGAGGUUCGUUUACCAGUGGAGAUUUGGAGGCUGAGCCAAUUGAGACAUCUUAUUGCCUUUUCAUUUCAUCCUUUACCCCAUCCUGAAGUAGAAGCUAUUCCUCUAGCAAACUUACAAACAUUUUCGCUGGCAACAAACUUUGUAUGUGUUGAAAUGAUUCCAAACAUUCGAAAGUUGGGAUUAUGCUACUCUGAAGAGAAGUUUGGUGAAGGCUAUCAUCUUCGCAAUCUCUUUCGACUUGAGAAAUUGAAAUUGGAGAGACAUAGGUCAUUUUCCGGGAGCCUGAAUCUUGCUUUUCCUCUAUCGCUGAAGAAGUUAACACUGAGUGGCUGGAAGCUUCCUUGGAGAGAUAUGAAGAUUGUUGGUUUGUUGCCUAAUCUUCAAGAGUUGAAACUAAGGAAGUAUGCUUGCAAUGGGAAACGCUGGGAAACUUCUAAGAGAGAAUUUGUUAAUCUGAGGCUUUUGCUCAUUGAUGAAUCAAAUUUGCAGCAUUGGAGACCUAAAAGUCGCCACUUCCCACGGCUCAAGUGCCUAAUGCUUCUUCGUUGUCCAGAUUUGUCUGAGAUUCCAGUUGCUCUUGGAUACAUUCCAACGCUUGAACUGAUAGAGGUUGAUGAUAGUAACAAAUCUCUUUUAUACUGUGCCAGAAACAUACAAGGGAAACAUGAAUCGAAUUUUGGUGAUGGCCUUCAUGUUCGUACGAAGCGUUCUUGA